AUGGGGGGGCAUAACAAUUUUGUCUACGGGGGAUGCAGCGCCAAGACGGAGUGCGCGCUGGGAAAGCCGGGGGAGCGUCAGUACGGGCUCGCCAAGUAUGCGUAUCUCGAUCAUGGCAGUAGCUUUUAUUCCCACAAUGAGCCGGCAAAUAAUCCAUUCUCCGGGGAUUCAAGUAAUAUUCGGAUCUGCCGAUUUCGACGAUCAACCUAUGAGAACCUGAAACGGUAUGAAUCACGCACAGAAAAUAGCUAUCCCCUCCUCAAGGAGACGGAAAAGAUGAUCGAUAAUGGUGUUUAUAGGGUUAUCUACGACUCUGUGUUUCGCAAAACCCAAAUACGCUUGAAUAAAGUGGUCUCGAUCGUCGAAAACUGCCUGGCGAAGUUUCCCGAUGAGGAGGUGUUUAGUAUACCAGACUACGACAAGGUUCGAAUUGCGGAGGAAGACGCUACCCUGGAUGAUGACUAG